CCACAGCCCGCGCUCACCCCGCGUCCCUUUAUUCUGCAGUGGAAGCACAGAUUUCCUCAGAGGCUGAAGGAAAAUCAAGCCAGAGAGUUCAUAACUGAGCACUCGUUAAGCAGAGAUGUACUCACAGUACUGGAACAUGGCUCGGGGACGCGGGCCGGACUACAGGAGAUAUACGGUGGUGGAGGGGGACACGCCUCUUCCUCUGGGCUCCACCUGUCGCAGGAAACGCCUUCAUUCUGCAGGAGAGGAUGAGGAGGAGGAGGUGAGGAGGAGCUGCGCAUCUCGGCCCAAUCCCGAAGGCUCGCUGUCGGCUGGCGAGCUGAGCCGCUAUGGCGAACCUGAGGAGGAGGAGCUACGUAGACUGUGCCAGCGCUGCCACAUCAUGGCGUCCCAGCUGAACCGACAGGCUGCUGCUCUGGCCGACACCGCAGCGCUGAAGGACCUGGCCUACGCCUCCUUCCUCUUUAAUAAGCUCCAGCGUCUCCAGUUGCCUCGCCGCGUCCGCCAUGCUUCUAUCGAAGCCCGCUGUGAUGUAUGCGGUGCCUCCUUCCAGCAACUGAGGCGCCUCGCUCUGCGGCGAGCUCUGGGCGUCAGCAGGGAGAUGGCACCACGCCCUGCCGCUCCCAGCGCUGCCCCGAUCUCAGAGAGCAGCUGGGUCUGCGACGAGCUGCCAGUGAAGCAGCAGAGAUGGAAGCACGAGGAGCAGCAGCAGGAGGGCAGAGCCCCGUGGAGAUCGAGCGUAGUGCAGAGCACCUACCUCGGUGGGGGCGGAGCUAAAGGGCUCGCCACAGUAACGCCCCUUCCCCUGAACCCAGCUCAGAACCUGGAGGGGGUGUGGAGGGUCUCUUGCUGCACACCUGAGCUCCGACACAGUACGGGUCUGACUGCAGAUGGAGGUCAUCUGACCGUGACGGGUACAGCCCAGAACGUUCCCGUUAAACCAGCAGCCCACAGCGUCGGCACCCAAACCAGCCAGCCGCCGUCUGCUGCCGCCGCCUUCUUGAUCAGGGCGGCUCACAAGCUCAGUCUGUCCCGCAGGAAGAAGUCCCCGCCCGGCUCCGCCUCCCCGCCCGGCGAGUCCCCGGGGCCACUGCUUUACACCGGGGGCUUCAGCGGGGCAUUGCAGCUCUCCCCGCCUGCGGUCCCACCAUGUCUCCUUCGAGCUGGGUCAAAGGUCAAGGACACGCCGGGAAUGGGAAAGGUCAGAGUCAUGGUCCGGAUCUGUUCGGUCCAGGGUGAGUCCUCGGAGUCCAUGUCCUUCCUGAAGGUUGACGGCAGGAAGAAGCAGCUCACGCUGUGUGAGACAUCGGCCCAGAGACGGUCCUCAGCCUCAGCGCCAAAGACCUUCACCUUUGAUGCCAUCUUCUCGCAGGACUCCUCACAGGCUGAGGUGUGUUCAGGAACGGUGGCAGAGGUCAUCCAGUCGGUGGUGAAUGGCGCGGACGGCUGCAUCUUCUGCUUCGGGCAUGCUCACCUGGGUAAGACGUACACCAUGAUUGGUCGGGACUGCUCCACCCAGAGCCUGGGCGUGGCUCCAACGGCGAUCUCCUGGCUGUUCAAGGUGAUCGAGGAGCGGAAGGAAAAGUCCGGAGCUUGUUUCUCCGUCAGAGUGUCGGCCGUGGAGAUCUCCGGUCGCGAGGAGACGCUCACCGACCUCCUGGCCGAACUGGCAGCGGCAGGGCACCAGGAGGCACCGGGCCCAGCUGUGUUGUUGAGAGAAGAUCCCAUCUGUGGAUCCCAGCUGCAGAACCAGAUGGAGCUUCGGGCAAGCAGUGCUGAGCGAGCAGCAUCCUUCCUGGACGCCGCCCUGGCAGCGAGGAAGAGCAGCCAAAUGCCGAACGACCAGGAAGUCCGAAGGAACUCCCACUUCCUGUUUACCCUGCACCUCUACCAGGAGAGGCUGGACAAGAGCAACAAGGCAGCCAUGUCCGGUCGGAGUCGCCUUCACCUCCUGGAUUUGGGCAGCUGCGAGACGGACAUCAGCAGGACCCGAGAGGGGGGCGGGGGUCAGUGUCUGUCGCUCUCGGCACUAGGAAACGUCAUCCUUGCCCUUGCCAAUGGAGCCAAGCACGUUCCCUACAGGGACAGCAAGCUCACCAUGCUGCUCCGCGAAUCCCUGGGCAACAUCAACUGCCGCACCACCAUGAUCGCCCACAUCUCCGACUCCCCAGCGGGCUACAUGGAGACGCUGACCACAGUGCAGUUGGCCUCCCGCAUCUACCGCAUGAGGAAAAAGAAGACCAAGCACGCCUCCAGCUCGUCUGGAGGGGAGAGCUCCUGUGAGGAAGGCCCAUCCUGUCGGCCUCCUCGUCUUCGACCCUUCCACCCUCUAACAGUGGCCCUCGACCCGGACGUUCCGCUGCUACUCUCGAGUGAUCCCGACUAUUCCUCCAGCAGCGAGCACUCCUGUGACACUGUCAUCUACGUUGGGCCGGGAGGGAAGGCAAUCUCAGACCGAGAGCUGAGCGACAACGAGGGUCCGCCUUCCUUCGUUCCCAUUAUUCCGUCCCUGAACAAAAAGCGAGUCAAAGAUGCACCCAAGUCCGACGGUGACCACUUUAAGUGUAACACGUUUGCAGAACUGCAGGAGAGACUCGACUGCAUUGAUGGCAGUGAGGGCCCGGCCAUGUUUGGCACAGAGAACAAAUCAGUAGCGCUGAAGGCUCAGAGUGGCCCUCUUAAACCCACAGAGGCAAUGCCUCCACCCAAAUCUGAGAAGAACUCGUCCCACAGGUUCUCAGAGAGCACACUAACAACAUGCACAGAUAAACCUGAUCAGGAUCAGCCCAAACUACCUUCAGCCAGUGGCUUCAUGGAGACAUCCAAAAGGACGAGUGCAGAUGGAGAGAAGCUUUCAGGCACCCCCUUUCAGCCAUGUGUGGUAAAGUCAAGGGGGGCUCCAACCCAUGACUCAGAGCCUGUAGUUCGAGAGAAGGUCUACCUCAGAGGAGCUGUACCCAAGCCGCUGGCCUCACCGUCCUUACCCAGGACAAUCAGGACGGCACCUCGGCCUGGGGAGGCUCUCGGCAGGACUCCCCCUGUGGGUAUGAGUAAACAAGCAAUGAGGCAAGACCAGCCAUCCAAAUCUGAAAGCCCUAACCUGAACACAGACGGAGCCGCUCACACAAGCAGGUACCCCACAGAGGUGAACAACCUCCGGGCCUCUCUGUUAGGACGAUGCCUGGACGGGGACUCUCUUAGGACCACCAUCACUCUCCAGCAGCCCGUGGAGUUGAAUGGAGAGGACGAGCUUGUGUUCACAGUCAUAGAGGAGCUCCCUCACGGCCUUGUCCCAGAUAACGGUCGUCCCUCCAACAUCGUCAGCUUUAACACUGACUGCUUUCCACAGGCUUUAGCUGCUGGCUCUCGCCCAGUCAGCAUCAUCAGCAGUAUUAAUGAUGAAUAUGAUGCUUACACCUCUCUACAAGGAGCUGUGGGACCAGGCACUGAUGUUGGCACCAAACACCAACGAGAUUUGCUUUCCCAACGUGACAAAAAGCAGUCGUCUGUUGGCUCAUGGCCUUGUGAAUCAGCUGAAAGUGAUGGUUUUCAUUCACAAAGCAGGCUUUACUUGCGGGAUAAAACAAUGGACAACACCGCCCUGCUGACCUCAUCGAGUAUAUACCAUAAACAGACGUUCUUACAGCAUGGCAUUAAGAGCUCCUUAAACGACAGCGGUGUCUGUUUCUCAGAGCUGGACAGUGACCCUGUUACCCCAAACAAACCAUCUUUUACCAAGUGCCCUCCUUCCCCCGAGUCAGCCAAAGCCUCUCUUAAAGGCAGUUUGAAGGUGAGAGCCAAUACCCUGAACACAUCAGUGUCAGCGCAGAUUCCCCGCCAUGCCACCCAUUCCAGUCUUCCCAGGAAAACCAAGUCUACCUCAUCUGCAGUUGUGGGCUGCAGCAGACAGGAAGGCGGGCAGGACGAUGUUUUGCUUCAGGGAAACGGUUAUUGUGAUCCCAGAGAGGCAGAGUUUCUUUCUGCAGGUAAGUCAACAAGAAGUGGCAUGACUAACGUUUCCUCCAAGAGGUCCGGAGGGAACAGCAACAGUGUACCUCGCCCACCAAAGACACAGAUGUCUUCUUCAGCUCAGAGAGUUGUUGAUGGCUGUGAGAAGUCCAGCAGCAGAAGAGGAGACACUCUCAUCAAACUGCCACGACUCACUCGAGGCGCAACAACUCUAGGAACCGUUUCCACCCCCCAAGAAGCUGCGACAGUGAUCGGUACAUUGAGGUUUUCAUCCCUGGGAAAAAAGUCAAAUGGACAAAAAAGCAGCACAAAGUCUGGAUUGGGAAACAUCUCUCCUUCUGCUCCUUUUGUCAGACAGUCGAGUCAAGAACAAAAAUUAAGAAUUGUGCUGUCUCCAAGUGCCUUAAAAACAAGCAGCGACACUGGAAAGUUCUCAGAGGAGGAAGUGCACGUCCGGCUCAGAGCCGGUUCAUUCAGCCACAGGACAUCCAGCUUAAAAACUGAACACAGUUCUGCAAGGACAUCCUCAAGCCUGAAGACACGAGGAGCCAAAACAGAUUCUUCCAGGUACUUUGGGAGUCUGAUGUCUUUGGAAAGGUGCGACAGUCCAAACUUAGCUGGGUCCAAACCUGAGCUGUUCAGAGAGAACAGUGGUGCUACAUCCGGAGGAAAUGGCAGAUGCAACAGAUCAGUGCCAAGACUCUGUGUUCCGGCAUCCACCUCCACAUCUGCCUCUCCAUCCCAAGUUCCAGCUGGUGUUUUUGCAGCUACCAGCAAACUGGGGCAGGUCCGCAGUGGCAGUGGAUCAAGAGCAGCAGCUUCUGGUGGACCGAAACUUCGAACGCUGUCUGCCAGCAGUUCCAAGAGCCCAAGCUCAUCCCCAAAACCUCCAGAGAAUGCAGCUGGACGCAACGCCAACCUGCCUCCCAAUGGCAAGUCCCUAUCUCGCUCUGGAACGGGAGCCAAGACAGGAAGAGGCACCAUCAUGGGUACCAAGCAGGCCAUCAGCAGGGCAGCUAACAGCCGGAUUAGCGAGCUAGUUGUAGGUAGCCAAAGGAAGAUGCUUGGUGGUGGAGCUGGAGUAACAGGAAGCGACAUCCCCAGCAGCAGGACUGGUAGCAGCACCGGAUCACCCCUCAAUGCACUGCUGCCAUCACCUUACAGCAAGAUCACAGCGCCUCGGAGGCCGCAGCGCUACAGCAGCGGGCACGGCAGCGACAACAGCAGCAUCCUGAGUGGGGAGCUGCCCCCCGCCAUGGGACGCACCGCCCUGUUUUACCACAGCGGGGGCAGCAGCGGCUACGAGAGCAUGAUCCGAGACAGCGAGACAACCGGCAGCACCUCCUCGGCGCACGACUCCAUGAGCGAGAGCGGAGCAUCCUCAUCAAACAGGAGCCGAGUUUCUAAAUCGCCCAAGAAGAGAGGAAACGGGUUCCUGCGGCGGCGGCUGAUCCCCGCCCCCCUGCCGGACACCACCUCCCUGGGCAGAAAGGUGGGUGGUCAGUGGGUGGACCUGCCCCCGCUGGGCGGCGCCCUGAAGGAGCCGUUUGAGAUAAAGGUGUAUGAGAUUGACGACGUUGAGCGCGUGCAGAGGAGGAAGGAGGCACUGCUGGGAUCCGAGACGUUCCACGAUGUCGAGAAGGGUCUGCUCUACUUCAACGCCCGGCUGAGGAUGCUGGAGAAGCGGCAGCAGCAGAUCCAAGAGCUGAAGAGCAAACAUGACAGGCUGAAGGCAGAGCUGGAGGAGGCCAAGAGCUGGCUGAUGCUCCACCCGAGCAGGUGGAGCGGAGAGUUUGACGUGGACCAGGACCUGGACCGUGAGUCUCUGGAGUACCUGGAGGCUCUGGCUCAGGCCACGGGGGAGCUGGAGUACUGUGUCAACCUGUGCAAGUCCCGCCUCAUGAUGGAGACCUGCUUCGACAUCACUGUGACGACGGCAGGCGCUGCUGCACAGGGGGGCCGUCAGGAGAUGGAGGUGUGAGAGGUUCCCCAACUCACCGACAGGAAGACUGAAGCAGACGUCCUGUCAGAGCAGAGCAGCAAAUGGCUGAUCAGAGAUCAGAUCUUAGAGGACGCAGCUCUGCAAGUGCCUUCUGUUCACAAGCUUGACAACUCUGUGAGCUUGUUUGUCGUGGUGUUUUUUAUGGUGCUGAGUUCAUCCGUCGUGCAGCAGACCCGCGUUUAGGAAAAUCAUUUAGCUCCAGCGUGGACUCUGUUGACCUGUAAGCUCCACCCCCGAGCCUCAAACCUGAAAAACCCGGAGCUGGACUGCAGGUUUGAUCCCAGUUCCACGACCUAAACACUCGAGUGGAUACGAAUGAACUCUGAAGCUGGUUUUAGGAAACCAGCUCGUCCACUCUGAGUUCAGCCUGCUCACGUUCUCAGUGACUCAAACAGAUGCUUCAGCAGGUAAAACAUCUGUGGCAGCAUACGCGAUGACGUCAUCUGCACCGUAGCAUCUAAAUGAAAAAUGUACAGACAGACAAACGCACUUUAAAGGGGACGUGAAAAGCUGAACACAUAAAGGGUAAUUUACCCACUGAUCCUGCUCAAGCUGACACAGAUGUAAUUCUGUCUGUGAUGCUAGGUUCAAGAAAUCAGAGCAAUUAGCCGUAAUUUUCACUUUAUGAAUGAGGUCAGUGCAGGAGCACCUGAAUGAGGCAAGUAAUGGUGGUUACCAGCCAAGAGUAGCAAGCGGGGCAAUCAGCUGAUGCGAUCAGAACUAUUUUAGCCAAUAAAAUAAUCUCUCUGUUCCCAAACACAUCCUGUAACAGCCCCUACAUGCUCAUCACACCACGAUCAGGAGUCCCAUCAGCACGUCUGCAGGGAAAUCAGGUCAAGGAAAACAAAAUGAAGAGAUGGCGCACUUUUUUUUUUUUCCCACGUCCACUCACUGACUGGAUUACUUCAUAUUACAGGUGAGGACCAGCAAAGCCCCAGUGUGGGUGAAGGAGACUGUAAGGUGGGGGACAUGCUGUUGUCUUCAGUAUGUUGUGUUUGUGGUUUGAUGUACAUGCUGUCACAUGUUUGGGAAAGAGAAACUUUUAUUGCUAGUGCCAAUGACAUUGUGUGAACAUCUGCUUUAAUGUGCUUCGUUGCACCCAGCGUGUCAGUCUGCUGACUCACACAGGCUCUGCUCCACAGUCCUUGUUUAUAAAGUGCUUUACAAACCCCAACAUCACGUCUAACAGCUGGAUUUUCCUGUUUCAGUGCAGCUAGCCAAACAGCAAAAAGCCAGUUCCUGCUACAGGCACAGACAGUAAAGUUGACAGUAUAUCCUAGUUUAACAUGAACUUACUGCUGCAGCGCUGCAGUGAUCCUCUUACUCUGAUGUUUAGUUUCCUCUAAGCUAUCCAUUCUGUCACAAGUUAGCUAACAUAAACUAAUGUGAGUCUGUUAACCAACCACAUGACGUCACAUGCAUUUCAUGUCCCCUUUAAUCAGGUUAUUAGGAACGAGCUUGUCCACCAGAGGGCGCUCUGUAGGUUCCCUGUUUGUAAUGCCACAAAUACAACCAUCACCAACUUGAUGUGCCAAUAAAAAGAGAUCAAUUGUGGUCUCCUUUCGGUAAAUAAUGACUCAGAUGUGUUUCUGAAAGCGAACAAUGAUCCGUCGGUAUUGGCUGUGUUAGUUCAGUGAGAGAGUCAAAAACUAGUGUGUACACUUAUGUCUGCAUUUUUAUUUUGUUAAAUACGAACAAAAUAGUAGCAGAUGUGCUGCCACGUGUCUGGCUAGAAAGAGAGCACCAAUGUGUUUAUUUGGUAGUUCAAUGAAAGGCUUCAGUUAGUUACGAGGGAGAAAAAAGAAUCUGUGUUCAUGUUUGCAGUUUUGUCUUGUUAUACAAUAUUUGAAAUGUAAAAAAAGACAAAAAGCACUACAUUUUCGGAAAUAUUUGCGGGUGUUUUCUUGUUUUUUUGGUUUUGUUUUUUUUAAACUAAUUGAACAGUACAGUGGCCCUCCAAUGAGAUGACGGUGCCAACAGUGGCCCACAGCUCAUUUAAGUUUGAGACCCCUGGUCCAGAAGAACACCGACAUGUAAAACCUGCAGAUCUCUGACUGAAGCCCCACCCUUUUACAAACUGAUUGGCUGAUGGAUGUUCCAGGCUCUGGUCACCUUGGAAACCCGCUAUUUCUUUCACUGUCAUUGGUCGUCCUUUCAGUUGCUUGUGGUUGUCUGCUCGAUGGUCUGCGGUCUGUUUAUGCACAUUCACUUCCUGUUGGACCCUGUAAUGUUAGCUUGUCCUGACCCAUCCAAAUCUUUUCUCGUCCAAGGGUUCUACAGCCGUCUGAGGACAUGUCCGAAACUCCAGCCUGUCCCCAAAUGCUUUCUCAGACAGAACGAAGAACAUUAAACUCAGAGCUCUACACAUGGCCCCACCACCAAACACAGUUUACUCUCUGAAGGACCCCAUAUCCUACAAAAAAAGCAUGCUGACUGAAGUUCAGAGUCAGCUGUGAGGAUGUAAAAUUUCAGAGUUCAGAUUUCCAUCACUCGUGUGGCGUGCAGCAUCAUGUGACACGCUCAGAUUCAGUCCGAGGAGAGCAGGCGACGUUUCCCGUCUCAGGCUCUUUUUGAAGUGGCUGCAUGAAGUAUCGUUCUGCAUCGUGUUCUUGUUUCUGUUCGUCAGGUUUCCUGUUUUUCGUUACAUUGAUGAAGUUGCUCGUUAACCAUCUGUUUCCUGUUCUUGGUUUUUGUACUGUACAGUUUUCUAACUAUUUGUAAAGAAAAGAGGAGCGCGUGGGUCAGCGCAGAGGCAGCAUCAGGAACAUGAAUAAAGAUUCAAAGAUUUCA